CCCAUAUUUAAAGGUAUACAUACUAUAGUUUACAGUGACAUACUUAGUGAGGGACGUUUAUAGAUAGGAUUUGUCAGCUAGGGAACACACACGUACUAAUGCAUUAUGCAUUGCACUAGGUCACUCUCUGGCAUGUCCGGCCAAACAGAAAGUGAAGUGAAACCGAAUUUGGUCCUCCGCAUCACUCCCAUAGACGUGAAUGCUACCUUGGAGCUCCGCCAGUCAGUUUUAUGGCCCAGUCUUUCAAUCGCAGAUGUUCGUCUCGCCGAAGAUGACAGUGGUGUUCAUUUUGGAGCCUUCGUGCCACAGCACGAAAAGCCCGUCGCCGUCAUCUCGUUAUUUGACGAACCCUUACCGGGACAACACCUUGUGAUAUGUGGGAAUGAUAGCCCUUCCCAGAUAAAGUCUGCGCGCUUUCGUAAAUUUGCCUGCGAUCUGAUGCACCAGAAUCGAGGCAUAGGGACCCACUUACUUCUAUAUGCGGCUGAAGCUGCUCGAUCGACGCUGGGCGCAAGCAUCAUUUGGUGUGAUGCCCGGACAUCGAGCAGUGCCUGGUAUAAGAAACGUGGAAUGAUCGAAUUUGGUGACCCGUUCUAUAAGGGAGAUGUGAAGUAUAUCCGGAUGAAGAUGUCCUUGGACGCAGAUACUUGCAAGACCAGUGCGUAUAACGCCAUUUAGAUGUGCGAUAGUGCCGGGCCGUGACUAAAUGAUAAGCAUGAUUUGAAAGCUUGUGUCCACGAUAAUUGCCGCAUCUGACGC